CAUGGAAUCUUGCUACGUGAAAAGAAAACUCCAACUACCUCUAAAAAAUGAUUAUAAUAUGAUAUCCCCAAUAACCGAAAAUCAAACUCCGACGAAGCAAACCUUCUCUAAAGCUGAUGAAAAAACUGAUGAUACAAAUUUUCAACCGUUAAAAGUUGCUCUCAAACCAAUCAUUCCUCCAGAAAAGAAGAGAACAACACAGGGUAACGAAGAUGGUCAUCCCACUUGCUGUUCUUGUUAUUUGUUAUUCAUCUUAUAUUUAAUAAUUUGUCAUGAGGCUUUGCUAAUGUAUUCCCAAUGGAAAGUCUUGCACGAGUUAUACUCUGGUGUCUAUAAUUUAUGGUUGGUGACCGCUCAAGGUUUACCGACCAUAGCAACAGUUCUUAUCCUACUUCCCGCCACAUUUCGAAGAGACCGAAGUCCGAAAAAGAGAAGAAUAAGAAUUCUCUUUUACUUGAGUAACAUUCUCUACGCGACCCAACUAUCAAUUUAUUGUUGGAUCGAUAUUCGCCUGAUGGUUGGUAGUUAUCCUUCGGCUCUUAAUGCUACUUGCGAAUGCACUAAGCUUUCUCAAGCCCUUCCGGAAGGAUCUUUUCUUCUACCGCAUCUAAAGACAGUUGAGAAAGAGAAUGAGCACUUUUGCGAUUGCUUAGUUCCGCUACACGAUCAAUUUAUUUACUCUUUCAUUGUCCUACGUAAACAUCAUGAUGAAGUUAGAAGGAAUUUACUGAAAGCCGGCGUUAAUUUUACCGAUCAUGUAAGCUUCGUUCCUAAACGGAAUGGACUUAAUAAAAAGGUAUUAAAGGAUAAAGGAAGUACAAGAGUUAUGCUAACCCUAUUACAAAUAGCUAUAAUACCACUAACUCUUGUUUGGCCCGCUUUAAUGUUGGACGAUAUUGAGGAAUUAACUGCCGAUAAUUUAAAGACGUCCUUAGAAUUAGCUAUGCACGCUCUUCUCUCAUUUGUUGAUGUUUUUCAAUUCUUUAAUGAAUUCUUGGAUAAGCCAUUUUACUUUGUCGAUCAUAAUCAUUUAACCAAUUGUAUACUCGUUGUCAUAAGUCUAUCUUUAAUUGGAUCAACCAUUCUUCAAUGCUUACUAGGCCUUGACUAUCUCUACGAAUUUCAUACAGCCGAAAGUGACGUUAACGCUGAUAAGAUUGGAGUUAUCUAUGGAAAAUUAUACCUUGCUGCUUUCUAUAAUUUUCCUUAUUUAAUAAUAAGGGCCGUAUUGAUUGAUAUGUACAAUGGGAAGUCGGCUAUUGGAUUUUUGAUGAUGGCAAAAGAGAUUACCGUUAUUAUUAUAAGUUACGUGGAUUUCUGUACAGCUGGAGUCGAUGUUAGAAGAGAUUUCGCAAGAUUAUCAUAUAGAAAAAAGAGAAAGCAUAAGAAAGAGAAUGUUGUUCAGGUUUUUCAAUAUGAACAAGUGAAAGAAGAUGAACAAGUUAGAGUAGAAAUAAAUAGAAGCACUGAUGAACCAGAAGAAAAGAAUGAAGAAGAGAAGCAGUAG